AUGGAUAAAAUCUACCAACACUGGAGAGGAUGUGUGACUCUUAUGCUGUUUUCCUUUUUAUCAGCCGCACACGCAAUAGACUGUUUCAAAUGCGUAUCAAUGAAGGGCAACUUUCCAGCAUGUGAUGACCCCUUUCACAACAACCAUUCCCUACAAAUGCUGGAGUCACCAUGCAUGGGGGGAAGGAAAGGGAGGGAUGGACUGUUCCCAGCCACUUCUUGCAUUAAAAUUGCUGGUGUUUUUGAUGACACAGGCGAAUCAAUAACAGUACGAGGAUGUGGUUUGGAUUCCGGUACAGCAACGACUGAUACGGAGAUCAUCCGAAUGUCGCAUUGUGGGCGCUUUUAUUACAAUGACAGAUAUGUCCACGGCUGUCUACAGAGCUGUAACGACGCGGAUGCGUGUAACGGAACGAACAGUGUCGUAUCAUCUGUUAUUAUUAUACUUACAGCAUUAUUUCUCGUUUAUAAAAGCUAA